CUCGGAAAUCCUUCCGGGUAGCGGUUUAUUUCAGAGUAAAUAAAGCUAGUUACCGACAGUCAAAGCUGCUGUUUAAUAGGUUUUAGUAGAUUAAAUAAACUAACCAGCUAAUUAUGAGUUAACUAGAAGAUUAUUUUAAAAGGCAGAGUUAGAGGAGACAUUAAUAAUAUGGCGACAGGAGGCUCAAAGAAAAUGCGACCCAGGGAGCUCCCUCCUCUUCCACAGAGAAGCCAACGAGCACUACCCACAAUGCCAAGUCAAGACACAGCCGAGGUACCAGCUACGAAACACAAGAAGAGGAGGGCGAGGAAGGAGACGAAUGGAGUGGAUGAUAUGGACGAUCAGGGGCUCGAGAUGGGAGGCGUGGGCAGCCGGAGGGAAUCAGAGGUAGGAGAACAACUCGCGCUUGAAGCCACGUCAGACGCGCCUCCACAGAGGAGGAAGAAGAAAAAGAAAACGGCGACCAUAGAUCUGGAUGAUGACCAGGCAGACCUGGUGAAUGGAGACACAGCAGAUCAGCUGACUGAUGGAGAAGAAGUGGUGAAAAAGACAAGAAAGAAGAAGAGGUCAAAAGUUGUUGAAUCGCAGCUUCCUGAUGAGCUGGACGUAGCAGAGGAUGAUAUUGUUACAGACACCCCUCCUCCGAUCCCCCAGCAUUCCCUGUUCACGGCGCCGCAGGGUCAGAGCCAGCUGGUGGGGAAAGUCUUUGUGGAGAGGAACAAGCGUUUCCAGCCUGCAGAGCGUUCGGACUGGAGGAAAACCAGCGUCCAGAUGGACAACAUGACAGAAUUUCAGCACGUUCAGCCGCUCUGGACAACUAGAGACAUUUCUAUCAGAGUGCACGAAGGCUUCAGGAUGUUUGGUCUGUACUGUCACGGCUUCCUGGCGGGCUACGCCGUGUGGAACGUGGUGGUGAUGUACAUGUUAGCGGGGCAGCAUCUCACCGCUCUGUCCAACCUCCUGGAGCAAUACAACAGCCUGGCGUACCCCUCGCAGUCCCUGCUCUAUAUGCUGCUCGCCAUCAGCACGGUGGCCGCCUUUGACAGAGUGAACCUGGCCAAAGGCUCCAUGGCUCUGAGGGAGUUUAUGACACUGGACCCGGUUGCUCUCGCCUCUUUCUUGUAUUUCUCCGCGCUGGUCCUCUCUUUGAGCCAGCAGAUGACCAGCGACAGAAUCAACCUGUACCCUGCCUUCAAUGCAACACUAUGGCCACCAGGGUCGGAGCAUCAGAUUCUUCACCCGUGGGUGACAGUAAACCUGGUGGUGGCUCUUUUGGUGGGACUGGCCUGGAUCUUCCUCGCGACACGACCGGAAAAAGAUUAUACUGAGAGUUACUUGAUGGCCAUGGAGAUCGAACCUCCCAAACCAGAGGACAAUUCAGAAAUGACCGCCUGAGAAGAAAAAAUCUGUAUAUUGACUUUUUUGGCAUUUUGCACAUUUUGUAUGAUGUAUAUUUUGUUCAUGAACUCUCUAGAUCAAUUUUGUAUUUUUGAAAUGUGAAUGUUUCUCUUUUUAAAUACAGUUUUAUCCAAU